AUGUCCAAGACUAGGUCCGAGCUCUAUGCGACUACUAUGGUCGCCAACCCCAACGGUUGCUCUGAUUUUCGAGGGGUUGCCAACAUCGUGAUGACCGCCGUGGGUGUCGGUGUAUUGGCCUUACCUAACGCUGUGGCCUUCGGUGGUUGGGUUGCUGCUCCCCUACUACUACUGUUGGCCUGGGUCCUCACCCACUACCAAAUGUGUCUACUCUGGAAAUGCCUUUUCAUGAACCCUUCGAGGAAGCCAAUGGAGUCCUAUGAGGAAAUCGGGAGAGUUUGUUUUGGCCGAGUCGGGCAAGUGGCAGUCGCCCUAUGCCUCUACGGUGUUGGCGCUACUGCAGUUGUCGCUGUAUCGGUGAUUAUCGCGGGUGCUCGUGAGGCUGUCAGCUCUGACCACGUCCACGUGCUGGGUCCGCAAGGUGUAG